UCUACUCUGGUUCAGCUGUAGGUUUCUUAUUCAAGGCUGAAACUACUACGUAUUUGGCUGUUGGCGCGUUUAGAACAAAUGUUCCGCCGCCUUGUACAGAGGAUGACCUACUGCCAAUUACUGUGAGGGACGUUGUUGGUAUAAACAUAUUUUUAGAACAACAAGCCCCUCAUAAACCCUUUAUUUCAGUGCGAAAUGGAAAAAAAUAGGCCUACACUUUGUGGACGGUUUUCAGUGGUUACAGAGGAUUUAUUUCUUUUUAAACAUCAAUAACACAUCCAAUUCCUCAUCGAGAAUAAUUGUAAUGGAAACUAAAAAAUACAAAUUGGACAUGUUUACCACUUUCACUGCUGUGACCAUGUCGUGCUGCAAUGAUAAAGCCCGUCCAGAGCUGCUUUCCUCUUCUUUAGCACAGCUGUCCGGAGACAGUGCUCUCUGGGCGGGGGUUUUCACAGCUGGGAAGUCGGGUGGACCUGAUACUACAGCGCUGGGAGUCUUGAACCUGUCAGAUGCCCGGCUUCAGAAAAGCGCUGCCAAGGAUGAGGACUUCUGCUUUCUAGACUGUGAUCACACACCUCCCUCCUCAAGCAAUAAAAUUAUUCCAAUUAAAGCAGCGCUGGUCCAUUCUAAGAUGACAUCGUUAGCAACAGUUGCUAUUCACAACUGGGUGGUGGCGUUCAUUGGGACUGGGGAUGGGCAGUUGCUAAAGAUUGUUAUAGACCAGAAUCAGAAAGUGAGUUGUCCAGAAAUCCUGUAUGAAUCUCCAGCAGAAAAGGCUGUGUUUUUUUAAAUGUUGCUGGACCCCGUGGAA